CAGUUUCCAAACACUAGUGAAACCCGAUCCUCGUAGCCUACCUUACACUCCACAAAUUACACACUCACACCACCUGUCAGGAGUCUCAGCCCACAUAAUCACGCCAAAGCCGAGCUUAGUUGGAGGACACGAUCUUCUACUGACGGUUUCCCUGAAGCACAAGAAUCAGUGGAUCCAGUCUGUUCCAGCUGCAGGUUUAACAACACUCCUGACAAACAUUCUGAACAUUGUGAACUCUCAGCGUUUGUAUGUGUGAAGGAGAAAAAGAAGGAAAAACAUAGAUACAGAAAGGCACAAACUUCAGAUCAAAUCGGCCAUGGUUUUGAAGAAACUUCUGAAAUUCGGGAAGCAGUUGCUAAGGGUGAAGGUCGUAGACUGCAACUCGGAGGAAUCGCGACUCUCCCGAUGCCUGAACACAUUUGACCUGGUGGCUCUUGGAGUGGGCAGCACCCUCGGAGCAGGGGUUUAUGUUCUCGCAGGAGCAGUGGCCCGGGAAAAUGCUGGACCAGCCAUCGUGCUAUCAUUCCUUAUCGCGGCCCUGGCUUCAGUGCUUGCCGGGCUCUGCUAUGCGGAGUUCGGUGCAAGAGUGCCCAAAACGGGCUCAGCGUACCUGUACAGCUACGUGACUGUUGGGGAACUAUGGGCCUUCAUAACUGGCUGGAAUCUUAUACUUUCAUAUGUGAUAGGUACCUCGAGUGUUGCGAGAGCUUGGAGUGCCACGUUUGACGAACUGAUCGGAAAACAUAUUGAGCAUUUCUGCCGUCAGUACAUGACCAUGAAUGCUCCGGGCCUUUUGGCAGAAUAUCCAGAUAUGUUUGCUGUAGUUAUCAUCCUUAUUCUCACAGGCCUACUGGCCUUCGGGGUAAAGGAGUCAGCUAUGGUCAACAAAGUAUUCACCUGCAUCAACAUUCUGGUGCUGCUGUUUAUGGUCGUAUCUGGACUGGUUAAAGGUACGCUCAAGAACUGGCACCUGAACCCUGAUGAGAUUCUGAAUGGAACCAAUUCCACUCUUAAUGUCACAGAGCCCCUGCCAUCUGAAGAAAGUUUGGGUCAGGGUGGUUUUAUGCCUUUUGGUUUCACAGGGGUCUUAUCAGGGGCAGCAACCUGCUUUUACGCCUUCGUGGGGUUUGACUGCAUCGCCACCACAGGUGAGGAGGUGAAGAACCCACAGAGGGCCAUUCCCAUAGGAAUCGUCUCCUCCCUUCUCAUUUGCUUUGUGGCUUACUUUGGCGUGUCUGCUGCCCUCACUAUGAUGAUGCCAUAUUACAUGCUGGAUAAGAACAGUCCUCUGCCUGCUGCCUUUAAAUACGUCGGCUGGGAGGGGGCCACUUAUGCCGUGGCAGUUGGCUCACUCUGCGCCCUCUCCACCAGCCUGCUUGGUGCCAUGUUUCCCAUGCCCCGUGUCCUCUGGGCCAUGGCUACUGAUGGCCUGCUCUUCAAAUACAUGGCUAGACUCAACAAGAGAACCAAAACACCCAUACAAGCCACUGUAACAUCAGGCUUUGUCGCAGCUAUCAUGGCUUUCCUGUUUGAUCUGAAGGACCUGGUUGAUUUGAUGUCUAUAGGAACACUGCUGGCCUACACGCUGGUCGCAGCCUGUGUUCUAGUACUCAGGUACCAGCCCGAACAUUUCACUCAGACAUAUCAUACAGCGACCACACAUGAAGAGCUGGGGAUGAGUGAAUCCAUAAGCACACCCAGCAUGGGGAUUCUUCCAGGCAUAGAAGAGCGUUUCAGCUUCAGAACGCUGCUCUUCCCCGACAUCACAGAGCCCUCCAACCUGUCAGGCUUUGCCGUUAAUGUCUGCGCAAGUGUGCUUGGGCUGCUGAUCCUCACUGUCAGCCUGUUGGCUGUGCAGGGUGGAACUGCGGUGUGGAAUAUUGUCACUCUCAGUGUCCUAAUCAGUGUGUGUCUGGUUCUCACAUUUAUCAUCUGGAGGCAACCGGAGAGUAAAACCAAACUCUCUUUUAAGGUCCCUUGCCUUCCAAUCAUCCCAGUGGUAAGCAUGUUUGUAAACGUGUACCUGAUGAUGCAAUUGGACAGGGGUACAUGGAUACGAUUCGCCGUCUGGAUGUCAAUAGGACUCAUAAUCUACUUUGGCUAUGGAAUCUGGCACAGUACAGAAGCUGCUCUGGUCCAUUCCAGUAUGGACGAGGAACUCAAUGUGUACAAACCCGUCUGCACUCUAAACAGGGACUCUAUAACCCCAGAGAAGGAGACCUUCCUUAGUAAAGGGCACGGAUCGAGGGUUGAUGAGGAUGGAUAUCUUUAAGAGUAUAGAACAGUUUUACGAAAUUUACUAGGACUUUACAUUAAAGCACAAUACCAGGAGGUUCUGAGGAGCACAAAACCGUUGAAAUCUAAUCAGAUAGAGCUCUAUGGUUGAUUUAAAUCUUCCUUUUGUCACUUCCUUGUGAGGGAGUAUAGGGUCUCUUUUAGGGCACAAAAUGGCUUGAAGCAAUUUUCAGUAUUCACACUAGGGUUUGGGUCUACUUUACAUAUGUUGUCAAAAAACAAAACAAGCAAACACACUUUUUAUUGGGUGAUUUUAGAGAGAGAAAAAAACAGAGCUGCAGUAUUUUAUGUUGAUGGCUGUUUUUUUGUAAUCUAACUGAACUUGUGCCUUUAUCUUAAUAUUACAUCUGAACCAAAAUAAGAGUUGCUAUGUGAUUGUUGGAUGUCAUUGUUUUGGGUUUCACAUACAUGGACACACCCUCACAAUUAAGGAAGAAAAGGAAGAAUUUUUUAUUUUUUUUAAAUCAUGCUUUGCUUUUCUGCGCCAUUUGUAGUAUUGUUUUGUGUGUGGUUCAAUUUCAAUCAGGAAACUUCUCCCACUGGUUUAAACUGUCCUGAUCCAGAAUUUGUUGGUUUUACCGGUCCACCCUGACUUGGCUUUUGGAUGGUACUGCCAUCUGGUGGUGUGGUGGAGAAAAUGUGUUACUUUCUCUGAAUCUGAAGUUGCAUGCAUUAUUGUCUGUCACAGUGCUGGUUACUGUGUCUUCUAAUGCAGAUGGAGUCUGCCUCUUUGGUUGCAUUAUGUUGAAGAAGUAGGUUUUGUUUUUAGAAAAUCUGUGUGAUGGGCUAUGUUUUUUGGUAAUUUAAAGUGUCUGGACAUAAUAUCACAUUGUGACAAAAGGGUUUAUCUACCUGAAUAUUUUACCAAUUAAAAAUGACUCUAAAGAGUGUUUGGCAAUGUUUAAGAAUGUUCAAAAUGUAAAAUGUAAACAUUUUAAAACUGAGGUAGACUUAUGUACACAAUAACUACAGCUGUGCCACUUUGGGUCUCAAGUUGAAGAACAUAUUAAUGUAUACAGGUUUGCUUUUAAUUGGUCAAAGAUGCUUGUUUUAUUAUUAUGCCAAUGGCUUUCCAGGAGUUAUACAGAGUGAAUUCAGAGAAACUGAGCCUCUUUUUCAUUUUUAGAUGUCUUUAAAAGUAUCAUAAUUUGCCCUGUUAAUGCUUUAAAUCAAGUUUGUUGGAAAAAUGUAAAAAUUUUCAUUAAUAUUGACAGAAGUCAAUCCCUCCUUUAUGACUUUUGAGUAGGAAUCACCAUAAUUAAUGCAAAAUAUUUUAUCGGCUUAGUUGUGGCCAAACAGAGGAGACACAUUGUGUCUGUUGACCAAUCAAUUUUCUCAGAAGCAUGAUAACCAGUCAGGUAUGCUGUUUCAUCCCUACAUAUGCCGUUGUUCGCAAGACUAUCACAAAAACCUGCCAUCAACCAAUCUGUACUCAUGAGUAUUUAGAAUACAACUUGUUAUUUUUGGUAAUUUUACAGGUAUUACAAUUUUACUGUUAAACAAUUUGUUUCAUAUUUUCUUCCCAAAUGUGUGCCCAUCAUAUAUUUUAUAUUCUCGCAGUAAAUGAUUUGUAUAUAGCAAAUGUUGCUCUUGACAAUGCUGAAAGUGCUAUAUGUGCAGAGGUCUGAUUGUGUUUUGGUUGCAUAGAUUGUUAAAAAGUAAAAUAAAAAAAAAGUAUUCUUGUCAUAUGUGUGUGAACACAUUUUACAUAGUUAUUUUGAACUCUAUGUUAAUAACUAUGUUAUUGCAGUUUAGAAUGAAAUUACAUUAUGCAGCAUUAUUUAUAGGAUGUGAUAAUCUGUGGCUUCUAUUGGAUUACAUAAAAUAAGUAGCCUAUAAUAAAUAUUAAGAAAUAUUUUUUUUUUAAUAAAAUUACUAAGAAUACAAAUUUAUAAAAGUAAGAGAUUUAUUUACCCAACAUUAUUAAAUUGACUGUGACAUAUCUCCAUCGGAUCUCCUCAUUUAUUGUUUGUUUUCACUUUCCAUUAAGUCGUUCAUUUAUGUUAUUAGAGAUAAAAACAAAAUUAACGACUUAAUGGAAAGUGAAAACGAACAAUAUAUGAGGAGAUCUGAUGGAGAUAUGUCACAGUAGCCAAGAGUCCAGAUAAUGUGAAUAUAUAUUUGCAAAGCUGUUAAAGGAUUAUUCCGUGUUCAAUAAAAGUUAAGCUCAAUUGACUGCAUUUGGGGAAUUAUGUUGAUUCUCACAAAAAUGAACUUCGCUCCUUUUAAAAAGACAAAACAGAAAAGAAAAUGUGGCACUUACAAUGGAAGUGAUUGGGGCUUUUUACAGAUUGUAAAUUGUUUAAAGAAUAUAGCCACUAGACAAACAAUAUAUGUGUUAACAUGAUUUAAGUACGAGAAAAGGUUAGAAAGUGAUUUUAUGUGUAAAGUUAUAUUUAACAGAAUUAAUUUAAGUUAAGUUAAAAGUUUUGCAAUUCAGUCUUUAAACCCUACACAAAUUUGACUAUUCACUUCCAUUGUAAGUGCCUCACUGUUCCCUUGCUUGUUUUAUAUUUUUUCAUUUUUUCAUUUUUUUUUUAAGGGUCAAGUCCAGAUAUUUUUAUGUGGAAUAGGCUAGUCAACAGAAUGCCUCAAAUUCUGUCAAUUGAGCUUCACAUGUAUUAAACCCGGAAUAUUCCUUAAAAAUGCUUCACUCAUAUUAUCUGCCUAUUUUAGGACAAUUUCUAUUGUGGUGCAUUUGGUGUACAUAAUGUUUCUCAUCUAGACUGGUUUCAUUUGUAUGUCUGCACUGUAAUUGAUUGUCUACCCACUGUUUCAACUUGAUGCUGUAAAUA